AUGCCUACAUUUUGGACAAGCAUUGUAUACACUCUCAAAGUAGCAAGCCCUCUUGUUCGUGUACUUAAGUUGGUUGAUGGUGAGAGAAGGCUUCCAAUGGGAUAUAUUUAUGAGGCUAUGGAAAGGGCUAAAGAAGCGAUAGCUACAGCUUUUGGUGAGAAUAAAGAGAAGUAUAAGGACAUCUUUAAGAUCAUUGAUACUAGGUGGAAUAUCCAACUCCAUCGCCCUUUGCAUGUAGCUGGGCAUUUCUUGAACCCAGAAUAUUUUUAUAGCAAUCCAAAUAUUGAGCAAGAUGAAGAGGUGAUGGGUGGUUUAUAUCAAUGUACAGAAAGAUUGGUUCCAACCACUGAAGUACAAGAUAAAAUUUCUUUGGAGUUGAGUAGAUAUAUGAAAGCUGAUGGUCUAUUUGGCUCAUCAAUUGCUGUUAGACAAAGAAAGUCAAGGGCACCAGCCGAUUGGUGGUCCGCAUAUGAUUCUAUAACUCCUAAUUUGCAAAAGUUUGCUAUUAAAGUGCUUAGCCUUAUAUGUAGCGCAUCUGGGUGUGAACGAAAUUGGAGUGUAUUUGAACAUCUUCAUAGCAAGAAGAGAAACCGGCUAACUCAAUGUCGAUUGAAUGAUUUGGUUUUCAUCAAGUAUAAUAGAGCACUAAAAUGA